AUGUUUGAUGCGCCAGAUAAUGAAGGGAAGCAGUCAAAUAAUUCGAAUUUCAUGCCUUAUACAUUCGUAAUUGGUGCUGUCUUAGCAGUACUGUUUUAUUUGGUUGACCCUGGUUCGCCUUCUCCUCCAUUUUAUGAACCAAUUAAUACAGUCGACUGCACAGAAGUAGAUUUAGCAAAUUUUACAAAUGAUGAUGGCAAAAUAUACAUGUCUCUUACAUACCAUGAAUCAAUAGAGUUCAUUCCAGAAUAUUUGCCGCAUUUUAUUCACGGAGAUUUCUAUAAUAGGCGCCUAACAUAUAAUUACACAGGUAUUAACAUUGACAACAUCACAAUGGAUCAUUCUUUCGUUAAUUUUUCACUAUAUCUCCCAAUGGCAGCUGAAGGCACUUUUCAUAUCAAUUGCGGACAGAAACAGAUAGCUAAAUACGACUUGAAUCUUUCCUACAUACGCAAUUUCAAUUAUAAAUACAGUACAAUUGCAUUUCCUUACGGAAAACCAAAUCAUUUCCGAAAUAUAUGCUACAUCGAAGAAAAAACUCCAUUUUUCAUAGACACAAUAGAAAAUUUCAAUCUCACAAACAUAUCUAACUACUUCCUAAACUUCACUUACUUCCAAUGUCCGUUUAAACACUUUGCAGAACAUUUUAAAUCGAAUAAAGUCAAAGGCGGUGUAAUAUUCCUAUCAGAUUUCAAUAUGCAUCCAUGGAAACAGCUUCUUUUCAACUACAAUCCUAUUUCUGAAGCGUUUUCAAUGAUGAAUGCGAUUGAUUCAGGUGAAAUUCAAUUUGUUUACCUCCAAGAACCAUCAGCUAUGACUAAGAAGUUAUUAAAGCCUUUCGGAAACCGUCCAAUGGAGUUCUAUACGAAUAAUACUUGUUAUGAAAACGUAUUUGUACCGAAAAUGAAGACAAAUAUAUCAUUUUCGGAAGACCAACGACUUAUUAAUGAAUGUAUCAAUUCAAAUUUCUCGAAUUUCCGACAAAGAAUGAAAAUUAAUCCAAUGAUCGAAAAUGUGAUUGUUACAACAGAGAAAUUCGAGUCAUUUGCAAAAGAAUACUUCCCUAACUACACUAUUUCGAAGAUAAACUACAUCACUCCCGUUCAAGAAGCAUCGAGUAUCGCAAGCACAGCGAAAAUUUUCAUCAGUGACCACAUUUCUACAUUAGUUCACACUAUUUUCAUGAAUGAAGGUUCUGUUGUUGUUGAUUUGACUCCUCCUGAAUACUCCUGCAACAGAUGGCUAGACAAAUACUCUAAAAAUGUACCUGCAAAGAUAUAUUCAUAUUCAAAGACAGAUGAGUGUUUUUGCGGUGAUUGGGAGUGCUAUCCAGAGUGGUCUAUGCAAUCUAACUACACAAUUGACUUCGAGAAAGUCGCAAAAGAUGUCAAAGAACUUCUUUAA